ACGGUUCAGUUCGUUUAGAUAGGGGGUUCAUUGGUAAAGGUAAAGCAGCUGUGAACCGUUGUAAAGCUAGGACUCGCCAGGAGUCGCCGGACGUGAACGACGCAAGGAUAUAAUACACACAGCCGUACCCGUACGAUCUCCAGUGAGAGAAGAAGAUACGCUUACCCCGCGAUACUAGCCGUGGCAUGACGAUGGUCGCUUUCCGCCGCACUCACCUGACCGCCCUGGUGGUGGUGUGCUGUGCCGUCCUUGUGCCAGCCCGCGCUGCCUCGACCAGCCUGGCGAAGCGUGAGGCACCGCUUCCGCCGAGCGGCAGCUAUCUGCCACCGUCGGGCGGUGCCGGCGGCUACCCGGCAGCGCAGACGCCGUCCUCCAGCUACGGAGCCCCGACCGGCGGUGCCGGAAGCUGGGGCGGUAACGGCGGCAAUGGAGGCCGCGGUCACUCGAACGGGGGCGGUUCUUCGUUCGGUGGUUCGGCCCCGUCGGCUCCUUCCCAGUCGUACGGUGCGCCUAGCUUCGGUGGCCAAAGCUCGGGCGGUUUCGGUGGACACAGCUCGGGUGGAUUCGGUGGCCAAAGCUCGGGCGGUUUCGGUGGACACAGCUCGGGUGGACACGGUGGCAACGGAAACGGCAACGGCAACGGAUACUCGAGCGGACGCCCAUCGAGCCAGUAUGGACCACCGCAGCAGCAGCAGCAGCAGCCUCAACAGCAGCAGCAGUCGUUCCGUCCGCCAUCGACCAGCUACGGAGUGCCGGCCGCUCCUUCCCAGUCGUACGGUGCCCCGGCCCAGCAGCACAGCAACGGAGGCAACGGUGGAUACUCGAGCGGCCGUCCCUCGGCGCAGUACGGUGCUCCGGCCCAGUCGAACGGAAACGGUUUCGGCAAUGGUCGCCCGUCGUCCAGCUACGGUGCUCCGGCCCGCCCCUCGACCCAGUACGGUGCUCCGGCGGCCGGCAACGGUAACGGAUACGCUGGCAACGGCAAUGGACGCAGCUACAGCAAUGGCAACGGACACGGCAACGGCAACGGUCACAGCAAUGGCAACGGCAACAAUGGCUACUCUCGUGGCCCGGCUCGUCAACCGUCGCAGCAGUACGGACCGCCGGCUCAGGCUCCUUCCAGCCAGUACGGACCGCCAGCUCAGACCCCAUCGAGCCAGUAUGGAGCUCCUGCCCAGACUCCUUCCAGCCAGUAUGGAGCCCCAGCCCAGACCCCCUCAAGCCAGUACGGAGCCCCUGCUCAGACUCCUUCCAGCCAGUACGGUGCUCCAGCACCAUCCCGCCCAUCCCAGCAGUACGGUGCCCCUGCACCAUCUCGCCCAUCCCAGCAGUACGGUGCCCCUGCCCAGACUCCGUCCUCUCAGUAUGGUGCCCCUGCUCAGACUCCUUCUAGCCAAUAUGGUGCCCCUGCCCAGACCCUAUCCUCUCAGUACGGUGCCCCUGCCCAGACCCCGUCGAGCCAGUACGGAGCCCCGGCUCAGCAGCCCUCCAGCCAGUACGGAGCCCCUGCCCCGUCGCGUCCUUCCCAGCAGUACGGUGCGCCGGCUCAGCAGCCCUCCAGCCAGUACGGAGCUCCCGCCCAGACCCCGUCCAGCCAGUACGGAGCUCCCGCUCCAUCGCGUCCCUCGCAGCAGUACGGAGCGCCCGCUCAGACUCCUUCCAGCCAGUACGGAGCUCCCGCCCAAACCCCAUCCUCCCAGUACGGUGCCCCCGCUCAGCAGCCAUCCAGCCAGUACGGUGCGCCCGCCCAGACCCCGUCCUCGCAGUACGGUGCGCCGAGCUUCGGCCCGACCGGUGGUGCCUCGUUCAGCAGCGGCAACGGUAACGUCGGUGGCAGCUACCAGGUAAGCUCGACCGGCAACGGCUUCUCGCAGGCCUCCUUCUCGGCCAGCAGCUUCUCGCCGAACGGGCGCACGUCCCUGUCGGCCGGUGGCUUCAGCUCCGGCGCCCCAUCGGCCCAGUCGGCCGGCGGAUACAGCUCCGGCGGCCCGUCGCAGGUUCCCGCCACGCUGCCCCAGUCGUACUCGUCCAACGGAGGCUACAACUACUAGGCGGGCGGAGGCUAAGGCGGGCUGCCUUAGCUCGAAAGGCUGCCCACACACCACAGAUGCUAAACACUGCCAACACACGGAUCAUGGAUACGCGACACGGACCCGGACAGGAAACGGAUACUGCAAACACGUGCCUUAUUUAAGAUAAAUUAUAACGUUUACCCACCUGUGUUCUGCUACGGCCGCCGCGCUUUUCACCACUGCAAAACACCCCGACCGACCGGCUUGCUUGGACCGUUUGACGGACGGCUACACGCAAAACGGCUGACACGCGCCGACAAACGCGCCUGUCAGCUGUCAAAUAGUAGUAAACAAUUUCUCUGCAUUCGACGACAACAGCAAAACAAUGCCUCUGCAGAACAUGUUUGAAAUUCACAAAAAAAGCUUCUACGGCAAAACCAUAUGCCACGGAAGGGUUCGAGUGUGGACCGGGUGCGGGUACUUAAAUUAUUACCUUUUGUUCAAUGUUGUCUUCAUUUUAAUAACAAACGUUAUUCGCGUGUGACCAACGCGCGCAUAUUGAUAGUGUGCUAGUAAGCUAAGAACGUGUUAAGAUUCGAACAAAAGAGCGCAAUUCUACAAAACAGUCAGCAACAGCAGCAGCAAUUCCUUCCGAAUGCC